CAGACAAGUCUGAGAAGGAAACCCCAUUCGAAUCCCCUUUCAUUCUGGAUUGGUGGAUCUGAAGCCCAGAAACAAAGUUUCAGUGUUCUGUGCCAAGGUCUUUGUGGCUAGGCUGCUCCAACCUGGUAGAGAGCAUGUGCGCACUGAGAUGCCUGCAGAGCAUGCCCAGUGUCAGAUGUCUCCAGAACACGUCAGUAAUGGAGGAUCAGAAUGAAGAUGAGUCUCCAAAGAAAAAUACCCUAUGGCAGAUAAGUAAUGGAACUUCAUCUGUGAUUGUCUCAAGAAAAAGACCAUCAGAAGGAAAUUACGAAAAGGAAAAAGACUUGUGUAUUAAAUACUUUGACCAGUGGUCUGAAUCAGAUCAAGUUGAAUUUGUGGAACACCUUAUUUCACGAAUGUGUCACUAUCAGCAUGGACAUAUUAACUCUUACUUGAAGCCCAUGUUACAACGGGACUUCAUCACUGCGUUACCAGAGCAAGGCUUAGAUCACAUAGCAGAAAACAUCCUUUCCUAUCUCGACGCCAGAUCGCUGUGUGCAGCAGAGCUGGUGUGUAAGGAAUGGCAGAGGGUCAUCUCGGAGGGAAUGCUGUGGAAAAAGCUCAUCGAGCGCAUGGUACGCACGGACCCGCUGUGGAAAGGCCUCUCGGAGCGACGGGGUUGGGAUCAGUACCUGUUUAAAAACAGACCAACAGAUGGCCCCCCAAAUUCAUUUUACAGGUCCUUAUACCCAAAGAUAAUACAGGAUAUAGAGACUAUAGAAUCUAACUGGCGCUGCGGGCGGCACAACUUGCAGAGGAUCCAGUGCCGCUCCGAAAACAGCAAAGGUGUCUACUGCUUACAGUAUGAUGACGAGAAGAUCAUCAGUGGCCUGCGAGAUAACUCCAUUAAGAUCUGGGACAAAACAAGCUUGGAAUGUUUGAAAGUGUUAACAGGACAUACUGGUUCUGUUCUUUGUCUGCAGUAUGAUGAGAGGGUCAUUGUAACUGGAUCUUCAGAUUCUACAGUGAGAGUUUGGGACGUGAACACGGGUGAAGUUCUGAACACCCUGAUUCACCACAAUGAGGCAGUGCUUCAUUUGAGGUUCAGUAACGGCCUCAUGGUGACCUGCUCAAAGGACAGAUCCAUCGCUGUUUGGGACAUGGCCUCACCUACUGACAUCACCCUGCGCCGCGUCUUGGUUGGCCAUCGUGCUGCUGUCAACGUCGUAGACUUCGAUGACAAGUACAUUGUGUCAGCGUCGGGGGACAGGACCAUUAAGGUGUGGAGCACGAGUACCUGCGAGUUUGUCCGGACCCUGAACGGGCACAAGCGGGGCAUUGCCUGCCUGCAGUACCGCGAUCGGCUCGUCGUCAGCGGGUCCUCGGACAAUACCAUUAGGCUAUGGGACAUUGAAUGUGGUGCCUGCUUAAGAGUAUUAGAAGGCCAUGAAGAACUGGUUCGAUGCAUCAGGUUUGACAACAAGAGGAUUGUUAGUGGAGCCUACGAUGGCAAAAUCAAAGUCUGGGACUUGCAAGCUGCUCUGGACCCUCGUGCCCCAGCAAGCACGUUGUGCUUGCGGACAUUAGUGGAACAUUCAGGCCGUGUCUUCAGACUCCAGUUUGAUGAGUUUCAGAUCAUUAGCAGUUCCCACGACGAUACGAUUCUGAUUUGGGAUUUCCUAAACGUGCCACCCAGUGCCCAGAACGAGACCCGCUCUCCAUCUAGAACAUACACGUACAUCUCCAGAUAACAGUCUGCACUUUACUGCCCUCGGAAGGGUUUCACAGUCUUGAACUACUGGAUUUUUGGCUACUACAUGCCUGAAGAUGUUGAUUGACAGCUAAAGUCAGAAUUGGUUCUAGAUGCUGUGUAGAUGCAAAGCAGCACAAUCCUGUAUCUAAAUUCCAUAACCUUUCCUGCUCUCAGUGGUCGUCUCUGAAUUUGCUACAAAUUCACUGACUUCGAGUAGACGAAUUUCAGAAGCCUGGCCUUCCCUGCAAUGAAAAAUCCAAAGCUUCACCUGUAAAUUGUCCGUAGAAACUGAACUCUGAUGGCUUGUUUUUCGGAAAUAAAUCGGAAGUCAAGAAAGGACUUGGCCUAAUUUAUAUUGCUUUGCACUUUUGUCUGACUUUAAAGGAAAAAAAAACAUUCUCCGAUGAAAUUUGGGUGCCAAACACAUGCCCAGAAUGUACAGAGCUUUGCUUUCAAAGUCACCACUGUCCUUUAGACUUUGCUCUCAUGGCAGAUUCAGAGCCUGUUUGGUUUGCUAGGAGUGUGCGUUGGACUCUUAGAAAUAUUCCUGACUCGAUCAGUAAUAUUUUUGGAUUACCGUUUACUGGUUUCUGCACCAAUAAUUUCUUUUAAAUUAAAGAUUACCUGUAAUUCAGGCUAGGUUAUCUAAAC